UUUCAUUCAUCUUUAACGUCAAAAACAAGCAACCCCUCUCACUGCAACUUUUUACCCUUUUUACGAUUCCACCCUCAACCACUGCUCUCUCACUGCAAAACCAUUUUCAAAUAAAGGGUACUUUUGUGAUUUCGAUGUUAUAAAGAGAGAGAGAAGAAGCAGAAGAGAGAAGGUAUAAGCAGCCGUUUUUUCUGUUGGUAUAUGAAGGUGGUGAACAAAGAAGAACAAGAAUGGUGUCCGACCAGGAUAUAGCAAAAGGGGUCGAGUCUUUACUGCGUCACUCUGACCCCAACUCCAUAACCACUGUAAACGCCGUCGUUCAGCAGCUCGAGGCUAAACUAGGGUUAGACCUCUCUCACAAGGCCGCUUUCAUCCGCGACCAGAUCGACCUUCUUCUCCGCUCUCACCCACCGCGUGCAUUUCUUCCUCAUCCUCCUCCUCCUCUCCACAAAGACUACUUCGCCCCUCUCCCCCAACACCACUUCCCAACCACUCACUUUCCUUCCCAUUUUGCCCUCCAUGACGAGAUCAACUUCCAGCACCCCAACCCUCCUCCGCCCUCCAAAGUUGAUUCCUUUCCUGAAAAUGCUGCCACUGUUGCCUCACCUCAAGCGCCCAAAGUAAGUGUUCAAACUGGAGGCAAAAGAAGAGGUGGUGCUGGUGGUCUAAACAAAGUUUGUGGUGUUUCUCCUGAGCUUCAGGCAGUUGUUGGUGAGCCUGCAUUGCCAAGAACUGAGAUUGUGAGGCAGCUUUGGGCGUAUAUAAAGAAAAACAACCUCCAGGAUCCUGGUAACAAAAGGAAGAUAAUUUGUGAUGAUGCACUGCGUUUGGUAUUUGAGACAGACUGCACUGACAUGUUCAAGAUGAAUCAGUUGCUAGCUAAACACAUCAUCCCACUUGGUCCCUCGAAGCAGUCACAAGCUAAGCGAGUGAAGGUGGACGUUGAAACUAAAAUUGAAUGUGCCGAACCUGCUUCAUCCACCGUCGUAAUAUCUGAAGCACUUGCCAAAUUUUUGGGUACUGAAGGAAAAGAGAUGCAACAGUCUGAAGCCAUAAGACGUGUUUGGGAGUACAUCAAACAUCACCAUUUGGAGGACCCUUUAAACGCAAUGGUGAUAUUAUGUGAUGCAAAGCUUCAAGAACUACUUGGGUGUGAAAGCAUUUCUGCUCUAGGAAUACCAGAGAUGUUAGUGCGCCAUCAUCUAUAUAAACAGCCAGACACCCACGUAAGCGCAUGAACCGCAGAGAGGCGUAGUUGUAUGAUUCUGGCUGUUGCUAGAUCAUACGGGAACAUUUUACUUAUUCCUGUAACUUCCUUAAUCUGUUUGUUCAUUGACAUAUGUAAACUGAAUGUUGUCUGACAGUUAUUAGGUUCGUUGUUUAGAAUGACAAUGGAUACAUUGAGCUAGGCAAGAAGUAUAUUAUUGUAUUUAAGAUA